AUAAAUUCAGUAGGAGCCACCUCAUACGGUGCUCCUACAUCAUUGGCAUCCGUUACUAAUUUUGCAGUUCAAUUUUCAUUCAAAAAGGUUAAAACAUCAAAAAGCAAUAUGCGAAUGUUUAGUUUUUGUCUAUUUUUAUUCAUUCAAUUAAGUGGAAUCAUCCACAUCUGCGGCGGAGGUCUCGCGGGUACGGCACUGAAACAUUUUGUGAAAUGCCCAGCUAGACAAAUGCACAUGGACGUUAGUAAAAUGGACGUGCAUUUUCACGACUUCCACAGAGGCAAGAGCAAAGUUUUUCCUAUAGACAAAGCUGCAAAAGGCAUACUCUCUUUUGACAGACUUGAUAAAAACAAGAAGUUCUACAUGUUUGUCCAUGGAUUCGCAACAUACAUCAACCACACAACCGCAGACUUAGUAAGGAGAACUUUUAAAGCCGUUCCCAACAGCUACCUAAUUCUCAUCGACCAUUCACAUUAUACCAACCAUUAUGACGGACUGAAAAAGAGCUACAGAAGGUCCGUCAAACAUGUCUACUCUAUUGGAGUACAAUUGGCACAUAUGUUGGCUCAACUCAAUAACGGAGGAAUUAAUCCUAAACGUAUCCACGCUAUCGGCCACAGCUUGGGUGGCCAAAUACUGGGCCAUGUUGGACAUAAUUUCAUUAAAUUGACUAAUGGUAAGAAAAUUGCUAGAAUUACAGCAUUAGACCCAGCUGGUCCUUGUUUCUCAGACAGUCCGAAGGAGGAGCAGAUCAGAGCUGGUGUGGCAGAUUAUGUUGAAGUUUAUCAUUGUGACGAUGGUGCUUUGGGUACGAAGAGUGUUCUGGGUGAUACAGACUUCUUCGUGAACAAAGGAAGUGCCCAACCACAAUGUAAAUCUACAAUGGUAUCAAAUAAGUGCAGCCACAACAUUUGUGUGUCAAUGUGGAUGGCGUCAGUUGCCCAUCGGAAUUGGUUCCCGGCUAGAAAUUGUGAUAAAUAUAAAUUGUUCAAAAAUUGGAGUUGCGUCUCUAACAAAAAGACCAAUGCUGGCUUCUGGAAUCCUGGUACUGCGAAAGGAGUUUAUUUCUUCUCGACUAAAGGACACAACUUUUAGAUUAAAAAAUAUUAAUGGUAUAUAUUAAAUAU